CACCCCAACCCCUGAACCUGAAUCUACCCGCCCUGCCCGCUUAUAAAUACUGCUUGAAUCACACCGGCAAGUCUUGGUCGUCAGAAACGCUCAGGGUUGCAGCAGAACAUCCCCCUUCGUCUUAUCCCCCUCAUCGUUUCUCUGUUUUUUAAGAAAAUCUCACGCCAUCAUCCAUUUUCACUCUCAUUCUUCCCCCCUUUUUUCCGAACUGUAGUUGUUUUUGCGGCCAGUUGCAUGCAUUUUUCGUCUCCCAAAAUGGUUUGCGAGACUAAAAUUGUUGCGGACGAACACGAUGCUAUACCUGGGACCAAAAAAGAGUCGAUCAUGUGGAGCUCUCCUCCGUCCAGCGCGGCUCUGAACCCCGCCGAAGCCAAGGAUGUGAGGAAAGAUGCGGUUUUUAUCCGCGAGUUCGAGCGCGGGGAUCAAGAGGAGGUGCGGCGCAUCUUUUACGAGGGUAUUAUGGAGAGGAUACCCAAUACGGCGUUUAGGGGGCUCAGGCAGCAGCCCAAGACCCAGUUUUUAUAUGCUCUUCUGACAGUAAUGUGCUUUUUCGUGACCAAAUCCGUCACGCUGACCUGCUGCACGCCCCUCAUUCUCAUGGGUGCGCGCUACUACUACAGCAGGAAAGUUAUCCACAGUUAUCUGGACCGUGCUCUGCACACGGACAUGGCUGACAUAGAGGCGUAUUACAUGAGACCCACAGGCUCCUGUUUCUGGGUCGCAGUGCUUGACGGACGUGUGGUGGGGAUCGUGGCGGCACAAGGCCAUGAGGAUGACAACACGGUGGAGCUUCAUCGCAUGUCAGUGGACUCACGCUACCGCGGCAAAGGCAUCGCAAAGGCACUGGGUCGUCGUGUUCUGGAGUUCGCCGUGCGCAACAACUACGCUGCUGUGGUCCUCGGCACGACGGCUGUCAAGUUGGCUGCCCACAAGCUGUACGAGUCGCUGGGCUUCCGCCGAACAGGCCAGAGCGAGGACUACAGGCUCCCCGGGAUGACCCGCUCGCCGCUGGAGAGGCUCUUCUUCCAGAUCCGCUACAGCCGCUACCGCUUGCAGCUCCGUGAGGAGUGAGAGGUGACAGGGAGAGGGAGAGAUGGAGAGGGGGAGAUGGAGAAAGAGAGGGACAGAGAGAGAGAGAGCAACGACCCUCCUUCACCCGAGAGCCCCGACCGCAUCCUCUCCUCUGACAGCUUUUAUUUAUUUUGUGUCAUUAGAGAUAACUUCGAGUACUACUUAACACUUCUACUAUUUCAUCUUUAAAGUCACUAACGUUUUCAUUACUAUUAUGCUUUUGUUGCUGUUGUUUUUGUAUUAUACUUUUACAUUUUAAAUAAGAGUUUUGUUUCUUUUCCUCUAUUUUAUUAAGCUAUUUUUUGUACCUUUACCCCUCCCCUUUCACUGUGGGAGAAAAAAGAUAUUGGCUUUUAUAGAAGACAUCCAACUGGCACCCCAACUAGGCACCCUCCCCUGCCCCUUUGGUUUAGAGAUCAUGUGACUUUGAUCAAUACUCCCCUUCAUUACUACUCCACAAUGCCCUUUUUACCCCUCCCCCAUUACCUCAAGCCCUCCCCUCCCUCCCACGUCUCCUAAUUUCCCCACAGCAAAAUUCAACAGACGGGUUAGACUCAGGAGAGUGCAAUGAGACAUUUGCAUUCUGAGUCAUUGGGGGUGGACAGAGCAGUGGAUGGGUUGGGAGGGGCGGGUACUGAGAGUAAAACACAUAAGAAAAAGUGGCGGGGGAGCUCGUGGUACACACUGUCUUUUAUAAAAGCUCUUCAGUGUUACAUUUUGUGUGCACGUUGUGGACAGUGUGGUCGUGCACACACAAACCAAGUCAUUUGGCUUUUAGCCAGUCUCUCAAGACACCAUAUUGAAGCACAGCGAGAGUGUGUUACUGACCCCCGUAGUGAGAGAGAAGGAUGACAGAAUGGUUACCGGAAUAUGCACUGUGUAUCAUCCUGAAUCAACACAGUGCAUCUUCCUGACAACCCCUCCUCCUCUUCACUGUCCUCACUAAUUAUUUGAUUGGAUCUCUCUGCUUCCUUUCUAUUGUUUUAUUAAUCCCAGCUUUUCUCAGAGGGCCUCUGAUUGGUUGAGGGUGACAGGAGGGCGGAAGUUUCUCGCUGACAGAUCCCAUGAUACAAUAUAGCUGCAUGUCAGAGCUUGUGUGUGUGUGUAUGUGAGUAUGUGAGAGUAUAUGACUGUGUGUGUGUGUGGGUGUGUGUGUGUGUGCUUGAUGAGGCCAUGGUUAGACAUUAGGCCUCAACAGUGUAUGAUGAAUUUUUUAUUUUGCGUGAACAGACGCGCACCUUUCUUGCUACGAGUCAAGUGUUAUCUAAGUAAACAUUACUACUUUCUAUGUGUACUUAUAAAAUGUUUACUGAUUGAAAGGUACAUUCUAACACUUUGAAUAUAUUUGACUAAUAAUUUUAUAACUUUAAACACAUAUUACCACAUUGUAAUAUGCAAAUUUUACUGUCAAAACUACGACAACUACAAGUAGCUAAAAGUAGACCACACUCCACAUACUUAAUCCAGGUUAUUGGGGAUCAACUUGGGUAAGACAUGACUACUAGCAAUACUUGCAAACCUACAGUACAUAACUGAGCACAAACAGCAAAUAAUUAUUUAAACCAAUAUAUUGGCAUUAGUAUUCCCCCUCCCCCAUGUGUUUAUAUUGUGUAUACAGUUGAAAACUCAUGUAGCGAACAAAAAAGUUUCUCCCAUAACACCUCUCUCCAUCUCCAUCCUCUGACCAUACAACCAGCAGUUGAUUCAACCAUCCACAACUCUGAGCCUAAGUUACGUCAUCACACCAUUUGUAAAAAGUAAAAUAUAAAGAAAAAUACAACAAAAAAAAA